AUAGAAAUUGUCCCGGUAUUUCUGAUGUUUGUCUAUUGACCUCUAUACCUGUGCGUAGGCUUUAUUUAGUGUUUGAACAGGUGUGGAUGAAAGCCCCACUGGAGAGGAGAGAGAGGUGCUGUCCUCUGACUAGACAGUGAUUCACCUUCCCCUGGUGUUGGGAGCAUGGCUUUGGCCAGAUGUCUCCUGCUGAUGUUCUGGAACUGAUCAAAGGUAUGCAGUUCAAACCGCCAGUCUGUGGUGACAACCAUGACAGUGGCGUGUUCUAGCCGCCGUCUGAUCCGAUAAGCAGUUAGCGGGGUGUGUCAGGUGAUGCGUAGCUCCGGAUUAAUUGACACACCUGUGUUUCAUUCACAUCAUAGACAGUCAGUCCUCAUCAUGAUCAACUCACCAGAGAUCCUUCAACACCGGGGCCACAGCUGGGCUGCUUGGGAAAGGUGUGGAUGAUCUUUAAGAGUAUGCACAGCAACGAGUCAGUCUGGGCCCACUGUGAGUCAUGUGACUGCUGAGGAAGGAGGGGGGAACAGCAGGAUAGGAGAGAGAACUUCACCAGACUAAGGUGAGACCCCCUUACCUGCUGAGUGCAGUCCUCUCUCGCCUUCCCACCCAUCACCUGCAUCUCACCUGAGCUCCUCCUGAGUCUCCAUGUCAACCUUCAUCUUAGGUAUCCUUCUGGAUCGAGAGUCAAUGUAUGGCUGAUGACUGCAAUUCAUCCCUCAGAAUUGAUGGUGGAAGAUUCUGUGAUUUCUUUCAUUCUGGAUAUGGUGAUGUACUUCAUUAACAGCCCUAUUUGAUUUCACUCUGGUAAAGAAGCCUCAAAACUUGACUCUGCUCCAUUUUGUGCCAACCUCAACAAGAAUGUUUACUCUGAUGUUGUGAAGUGCUCCUGAGAUACGUCCAAUUGUUUUGGUAUCAGACUGUCCCCUUUAUACCAGUGGAUUGACACUUAAGACUCUGGACUCCUCUAAGAGCUUUUGGAUAAUGUUUGGCCCUGGGCAGUUGGUCUCCACUCUUCUACCUGCGGUCUUCCACUCCUCCGCAGCUCACUUCUUCCCUGCGUUCCCCACCAGACUGGGCUCCCCUCCACAGAUCCUGAUCCCUGGGCCCCUGAUCAGCUAUGAGUCCCUGCGGAGUUACUUGCAACCAGAGCCCUGCAAAGAGGCUCUGUUCCUGGCCACACAGGCAGCUGGGAUGGGGCAGUUCACGGCCAGCAUGGAUGAACAGAGGCCAGUGAAGCAGCGUCGUGCGCGGGCCAACUACAGCAGCUGGCAGCUGGAGGAGCUAGAGAAGACCUUUGAGACCACCCACUACCCUGACGUCUUCAUGAGGGAAGCCCUGGCCCUCAGACUGGACCUCAUCGAGGCCAGAGUGCAGGUGUGGUUUCAGAACCGCCGGGCUAAGAUGCGGAGGCAGCUGAAGUUGCAGGGCCAGCUAGGAGAGCCAUUUCCCAGGAAGAACAAUGCUGAGGACACAACAGACAAACCCAACAAGAGCUUACCGGAGCUAGAGAACUCUGACGGCGAGCACUGGGUGAGGAGGCAGGAGAAAGGAAGCUAUCCCUGGACUAAAGUACCUCGUUCUGCUGUGGUGACCACCCCCAUACAGGGUAUGAUUCAGGGGCCAGCAGGGGAAUGGGAGGGGAUGGAGGGGCCCAGUCCAGAAGAGUUCCGCUGCUGUAGCAUUGCCAAGCUGAGGGCCAAGGCCAGGGAGCACGAGGCUGAGAUCCACAGCACUGUGGCCAGGUCAGGAGGAGGAGAGACAUCAGCACUGCAGACACAAACACAGAACACUGACGACAGAGAGAGCAACUGAUAUGGCUCUUUCUCUAUGCAUGGCUUUGCAAACAGGUCCCUAAGACCUCAUUAUGGUUGAGGCAACUUGCCUAAAUACCCCAUCCUUGGUUUUAUUCAUUCUGUUAUUCAAUGAGGAUAUGAACUAACAUUUACAAAAGGUGCUGAUUUUUUGUUUAAUAUUAUAUGAAUGUAUUGUGUUUUGAAAUACCAUUAUUUUUCUGUACUGGACAACUUUUUCUAUCAACAAUCACGCUAAACGUGUAUUUUAAAUGCUCAGACUAGGAAGAGGUGAAUGCUUUCCAAAAUAUAUAGUAUAUCCAUAAUAACAUCUUAUAAAUAUAUAGUAUAUCCACAGCAACAUCUUAUAAAUAUGUAGUAUAUCCACAGUAACAUCUUAUAAAUUAAUAGUAUAGCCAUAGUAACAUCUUAUAAAUAUAUAGAAUAUCCAUAGUAACAUCUUAUAAAUAUAUAGCAUAUCCAUAGUAACAUCUUAUAUAUAGUAUAUCCAUAGUAACAUCUUAUAAAUAUAUAGCAUAUCCAUAGUAACAUCUUGAAAUAUUAUCCUUAAUGUUUCUUUACACUUUGGCUGAACAAUUUCAGUUUCUAUCAUGAACUAUCUUGAACUCUUGAACACAUGAAACAAAGAUAACAUUGUUAUCGUUUCACAUUCCCCACUGAGGUGGUUCAUUUUAUUUCACCUUUAUUUAUCCAGGUGAGUCAAUUCAGAAUAAAUUCUUUAUUUAAUAAAUUCAUGAUUUUUCACACCUAAAUAAAGCUGUACAUAAUAGAUGUAAAACUCUGAUAUACAGUCCUGACCUUCAUCCAUCACCUCAGGAUCUUUAGAUAUUCUGCUGUAUUACUGGUGACUAAAUGCUCUUACAUUAUCCAUCAGAUUAGGGUCAAAAUCAAAAGAGGAAACGCUCUGAUGACUUCUCAAUGAUCUCAUCGAUGACAAGCCCAACCCUGGCCGGGGCUAUCCUGUUACCUUCACUGCAGACCGAGAGGCAGGAUGUCUGCGUGCUGCCACAGGCCCUCGCAGGAAACAAUGGAAGUGGCUGAAAAAUGACUGCCCCCAAUGACAGGAACGCCUUCUGAAGAUUACGAGGCAAAAACAUUUG